AAAAAAACAAACCACACCGUCCCACUAAGAGGGUUAAAGGGUAAAAUUACAUGUAUCACGUAAUAAUAAUUUUGACGAAAAGAUAUCACGUAAUUAAAUAUGACGUGGCAUCAUCGCGUCUAGUCACACCUUUUCUUCUUUGGACUCUUCAGCUUCGUCUAUCUCUGUGCACCUAUAUAAUCAACCAAUCUGGCUUUACCGUAAACAGAAGAAAAAUUAUUACUAUAGUCGCCGGAGAAAUGAAUAUUCCGGUUACUUUGACCUCUGUGACCGUUCAUAGUAUCGCUGUUUCGGACACUCGCCAUGUGUUCCGUGAAACUCGUCGCUGUUAAGAAACUCCGUUUCCGUCUCUUAGAUUUAUUUUUUUCCUUCUCUUUGCUUCGUUUCGCCUUCUAGAAAAUUUUGAAUUAAACAGUUUCCCUAAGCUUUGAUUCGUUUCCGAUGAAGAUCCAACCGACUGAAACAGAUAUUCCGGCGAGUAGAGACUCGGCUAAACCAGUGCUCAAGUCUCGCCUCAAGCGUCUCUUAGAUCGACCGUUUACAAAUGUUCUGAGAAGCUCAAACUCAGAUAAACCACUCAUCGAAGCUCAACACGGUCGAGAGCGAGAUGGAGUCGUCUCCGAGUUCGAGCCGAGCUCCGUCGUUUUAGCGAAGAUGGUUCAGAACUACAUGGAGGAGAGCAACGAGAGGCAAGCUAAAAACGGACGCAAUCGCUGCAAUUGUUUCAACGGGAACAACGACGAUAGCUCCGACGAUGAAUUCGAUUUGUUCGGUUGCUCCGUCGAGUCUUUCAACGACGCUUAUGACCAUUUCAAGAGCUUGAUACCAUGCGCGAGCGUCAUGGAGAGGAAUCUAUCAGCUGAUGCCGCGAAGAUUCUGGAGAAGAACAAAUCAGUCAAACGAAAAGAUGAUCUGAGGAAGCUUGUCGUUGAUGGACUCUCAGCUCUUGGUUAUGAUUCCUCAAUCUGUAAAUCGAAAUGGGAUAAAACUCGCUCUAUACCGGCCGGCGAGUACGAGUUCAUCGACGUGAUUGUAAACGGUGAAAGGCUUCUGAUUGAUGUGGAUUUUCGAUCGGAGUUCGAUAUCGCACGGCAGACGAAUGCAUACAAGGCGUUGCUUCAGUCUCUACCGUUCGUUUUCGUCGGGAAGUCUGACCGGAUCAGUCAGAUCGUUUCGAUGGUUUCAGAGGCGGCGAGGCAGAGCUUGAAGAAGAAAGGUAUGCAUUUUCCACCGUGGAGGAAAGCUGAUUACAUGCGAGCUAAGUGGCUGUCUUCGUACACACGAAACUCCGGCGAUAACGCCCCGGAGCCGAUGGUUUCGUCCGCCUUCGUCGCUGAAACGGGGAUAGACUGUUCGGAGAUUGAGCUGAGUUUCGAGGAGAAAUUUUUGGCGUCGGUGAAUUCUCCUUCCUCUCCUCUUAAGUCGGUUGCCGGAAGUGAUGACGUGGCAGAGGCGGUGGAGAGAGAAGCCAAGGUCGUCACGGGAUUAGCUUCACUGUUCAAGGAGAAUCCCUAGAAAAGAUUUUGAAUUUUUCUAAUUUUCCUAAUUUCCUAGUUAAGAAA